AUGGUUACAAUUGUCUUUGACAUUGCUAUACCACUGUGUAGAAAAGCCAUCGAAUUAGCAAUAAUAAUUCGUGAUAGUCAACGUGCUGAUAGUGAAAUGGUACAAACUACAGAUCAAUUAACCAAACAUUUAGCGGUUGCCGGAAGUUUAUUAGAACGAUUGAAAAAAAUGGUUGAUCGUGUGAAUGAAUUAUAUCAGGUUGAAUUAAUCGCUCAGAUUCACUUACUUACUAAUUUCAUACGGAUAGCUAUUACCAGCCUAGAAUCAGCAAAAAAAGAUAGAAAUAUAUUAAUAAGACUUUUUAAGGCGAAUGACACAAAACGAAAAUUAGAGGAAACCAAUAAACAUCUUUAUGAAAUAACCAACAACAUUCUACAAUCAAUACCGAAAAUAGAAAAAGUUCUCAUUCCUAAACAAGAAUUUCAAGAUUUUCGACGUACGUUUAGUAAAGCCCCAAUAAAAGAUUUAAUUCGAUAUUGUAUGAUCAAUAUCAAAGAUAGUUGUAGAUCAAAUAUUGAAGUAGACGAAGUACAACAACAUUCAAUGGAUCAAUUAAACGAAAAAUCAUGUUAUCUAUCGAUAUUAUCUGAAAGUAUUUAUUAUAGUCAUCAAUUAAAAACAUGGGCAGGUUCAACGCCAAAAUGCCUCUUAGCGUCAAGAUUAGAAAGGUUUAGAGCAAGUUUCAGACAACGACCACCAUCUGAUAUGAAUAAUACAAAUAACAGCAAUUUUCAACCGUUAAUGACAUUUAUUGAUAACGGAACUGAAGAAAAUUUAAGUUUUAUAGAAUUUUUUGUAUCGGCCGACGAUAUUUGUGGAAUGUGUAUAACGAAAAAUUAUAUUUAUAUAGCAACAAAAUUUGAGAUUACUAUUCUAUCAUAUAGUCAACAAAUUCUUGGUCAAUUUGGCUCUUCAGGUACGGAAAAUAAUACAUUUUUAGAAAUAUGUUAUUUAUACACAAUCAAUGAUAUGUUAUUUGUUAUUGAUCAAACACAAUGUUCAGUACAACAAUUUAAAAUUGACAAUAAUAACAAUGGAAAAUUAGAGUUUAUUAAACGAUAUCAAGUAAUUGCCGAUAUCAGUGAAAAACCAACCCUAGAAUCGUGUGUCUAUUUUAGUGGUUGUAUUUUUGUCAGUGAUAGUGCCAAUGAAUGUCUGCAUAUUUUUAGAGAACAUGCGAAUAAACAAGUAUUAUAUUUGUGUGGAAGUGCACUUACACCAUUUUGUCCUACAAAACUGUGUUGUACAGACAGAUAUCUUUAUGUUAGUAAUGAGCACAGUGGUCAUAUUGGUGUUUUAGUAUUUGAUAUUCAUUUAACGCCAGUUGAUUGGUUCACGAAUUCUCAUCUGGAAAGUAGAAUACUGUCGAUAGAUAUUUGUAAAAAAAAGAAUGAACUGUUUUUAUUAACAACAAAAGACGAACAAUCAGCAACUACAGGCAAAUCCUCAUGGCCGCAACUUUGGUCAAUGAAUGCUAGCGUGCGAACAGUUUGA